UAGAUCCACACACACAAGCAGAAUUUACCGACAAUCAUGAUGGGCGAAUGUUUUCACGAAAAUGAUUACCUUGUGUCGCGACCUAUCUACUCAAACCAAAUCUUCGACCAGGUGCAUGAGAGACAAGACCAAGAGACUCAGAGUUUGCAAGAACGACUGAGUAGAACCUUCGGAUACACUGAUAAAUGGGCUGUUCAAAAGGUAAAGGGGCUUCUUCCAAUCAUAGAAUGGCUCCCUAAAUACCCAGUCAAGCAAUGGUUACCGGGUGAUGUCGUCUCUGGGGUCACCACAGGACUAGUAUGCUGUUUACAAGGUGUGGCGUAUGCAUUGUUGACUUCUGUAGCACCGGUCUAUGGACUCUACUCUGCGUUUUUUCCAAUUCUCACAUACUUUGUGCUGGGAACAUCUAGACACAUCUCUGUGGGUCCUUUCCCUGUCACCUGUCUGAUGGUGGGCUCUGUAGUUUUGACUUUAGCUCCCGAUGAGCACUUUCUGCGUUCAGUGAACAUGACUGAUGUGAAUGAGACAAUGGUGGAGGACACAUUAAUGGAGGUGGAUGUAGAGGCCAGAGAAGCUCAGAGAAUCAUGGUGGCUUGUACUAUGACGGUGCUGGUCGGAUUGCUGCAGGUGGUUAUGGGGCUGAUGCAGGUUGGAUUUCUAGUCAGGUAUCUCUCAGAUCCACUGGUAGGGGGAUUCACCACUGCUGCUGCCUUUCACGUCUUCAUAUCUCAGAUUAAAACCAUCCUGUCUGUUCCGACUCAAAACCAUAAUGGAUUCUUCUCCUUUGCCUAUACUCUCAUUGAUGUAGGCAGGAACAUCAACCAAACAAACAUGGCAGACCUGAUUGCUGGAUUACUGACAAUCUCCAUAGUUAUGGCUGUGAAAGAGAUCAACACCAAAUUCCAGCAUAAAAUCCCAGUGCCAAUUCCUAUAGAAGUGAUUGUGACAGUGAUAGCUUCUGCGAUCUCUCAUGUGAUGGACCUAAACUCCCAAUACGGCGCCAGCAUUGUCCACAACCUCCCCAGGGGGUUUGCAUCACCCCAGACACCAAAUAUAGAACUUGUUGGGAGUAUUUUGGGCUCUAGUUUCUCCACAGCAGUGGUUGGGUAUGCAGUAGCAGUUUCUGUGGCUAAAGUCUAUGCAGCAAAGCAUGAUUACACCGUCGAUGGCAACCAGGAACUGAUAGCUUUUGGCGUCAGCAACAUUUUUGGAGGAUGUUUCUCAAGCUUUGUGGCCAGCACUGCACUAUCACGGACAGCAGUACAGGAGAGCACAGGAGGAAAGAGCCAGGUUGCUGGUAUCAUCUCAGCUGUGAUGGUGAUGAUAGUGAUCUUAGCUCUUGGGCCGUUUCUUCAGCCUCUGCAGAAGUCUGUGCUGGCUGGAAUUGUUAUAGCCAACCUGAAGGGCAUGUUCAUGCAGAUCUCUGAAGUGCCUGUACUCUGGAGACAGAACAGAACAGACUGUUUCAUCUGGAUAGCAAGCUGCCUGGCGUCUGUUGUGCUGGGUUUGGAUGUGGGCCUGCUGGCUGGUCUGGUGUUUGAGAUGGGCACAGUGGUGGUCAGAACACAGUUCCCUUCUUGUGCCACCCUUGGAAAUGUCCGAAACACUGAUAUCUACAAAAAUAUGAAAGACUACAAAAAGGUUGAUGAGAUCCCCGGGGUGAAGAUUUUCAGGUGCAACUCGCCGAUUUAUUUUGCAAACAUUGAUUACUUCAAAGAAAAGCUGAGGGAUGAGGUGGGUUUUGAUGCAGUGCGGGUGUUCAAGAAAAGAAACAAAGCUUUGAAGAAGAUUCACAAGCUCAUUAAAAAAGGAAAAUUACAAGUGACAGAGGCAGGUUUGGUACCAGUGGCCCUAUUGGGAGUAGAAAACAAAGCCUUUGAGAACGAGACAGGUCCUGAGAUGGAAAAGCAGGCAUCUAAGACCAACUCAGAGGUGAAGAUCCAGGUGGACUGGACUUCUGAGCUGCCUGUCAGUGUGUCGGUGCCCAGGGUUCAUAUUCACAGUCUGGUGGUGGACUUCUCUUCGGUCUCCUUCCUGGACGUGGUGGCAGCCAAAUCCCUCAAACUGGUGGUGAAAGAAUUCAUUCGGAUAGGGGUCAGCGUCUACAUCGUUGGCUGUGACGGUGAGCUUGUCAGGAAAAUGGAGGCCCUGUCUUUCUUUGAUGAGGAGGUUACCAGAGACCUGCUCUUCCUCUCAGUCCACGACGCCAUUCUCUUCAUCCAGCACCAAAACUCCAGUGGAUAUGAAGAAGAUCCUUUAGCUGAGAAGAUCUCACAGUUGCAAGAUGACAAAGAGCCCCUUCCAUUUACUGACGAUGAGGACCUGAUUGAGACCUAUGAUAACCAGCACUUGGCUAUUCAUGGACUUUCAAACUGAGAAAAGAGUCAAAGGAAAGAUCAUCCUAUUCAUUUGCUGAUAGUGAGUUUAAGAAGACUUUACCUUUGUCCAGAAAGGAUGGAGUGGGAAGAAAAAAAUGCCUGCUGUCUUGUUUUCUUUAAUGUCCUUCCAUAUCUGAAGUGGAAAAAAUCACAGCAAACACAAGUUUAAGAGCAUUUGGCGCUACAUAUUAGUUUACAGCCUCAUUUUAGAGGCACAUAAGGAAUGUGUAACUCGUAAAGACUGGUUGAUCAGUACGGACAUCAGAAGAAGUCCAUUUUUGAUAGUCAGUUCAUGUGUGUUUCUUGUAAAUAAUUGCUUACUAAACAUCUUAAGGGAGAAGAACAUUUCAUUUUUGGAAAUAAAUCACCUGAGACAUUAUAGAAAUACAUUGUAGUGUGUCUCUGAGUCUCUAAUAGGAUGUCAAUGUAGCCAGAAACUAAAAUGUUAUCUAUUUUAUUAUUAAUUUUAUUUAGCUUACAUAACUGUAAGUAAUAAUGUACCAAAUGUUGCUGUUUAUGGAAAAUUGUUUCUG